CGUUAGAAGAGUGUGCAUGUGCGAGUGAACGAACGGAUGGACACAAAACCUCAUUUGACAUCCCCUAACUUGUGCCUACCACGUUGCUGAGCACUUCAGGUGGAUUUACUUAGAACGGAACUGCAUAGAUGGCAAACAUGGCCUCCGCCUCAACCAGCAGUGAAAGCGAGUCACAAAGUGUGCUGACCUGGGACCAAGUGAGCCGGUUGAAUGAUGUGCUAACGGAAGCUGUGCCAGUCCACGGCCGUGGCAACUUUCCCACCCUGGAGGUACGGCUGAAGGAUAUUGUACAGAUGGUAAGAACGCGUCUAGAGCUGAGGGGCAUAAUGGUCAAAGAUGUACGUCUGAAUGGUUCCACAGCCAGCCAUGUGCUGGUAGAGGACAUUGGCUGGAGCUACAAAGACCUGGAUGUCAUCUUCAGGGUAGACCUUCCUCGAGAAGAGGAAUUCCAGCUCAUCAAAGAUGUGGUUUUAGGCACUUUAUUGGACUUUCUUCCUGAGGGGGUGAACAAAGAGAAAAUCACUCCCAUGACCCUGAAAGAGGCCUACGUUCAGAAGUUUGUAAAAGUCUACACCGAACAGGACCGCUGGUCCCUUAUCUCGCUGUCCAACAACAACGGCCGCAAUGUUGAACUUAAAUUUGUGGACUCGAUACGGAGGCAGUUCGAGUUCAGUGUGGACUCAUUCCAGAUCAUUCUGGACUCUGUACUGUCAUACUAUGACUUCUCCAAAAGCCCUAUAUGUCGGCACUUCCACCCUACUGUGGUCGGGGAGAGCGUGUACGGUAACUUUUCCGUUGCUAUGGACCACCUCAGGAACAAGCUCAUUGCCACUAAAAGGCCUGAGGAAAUCCGUGGGGGUGGUUUGCUGAAAUACUGCAACCUCCUGGUGAGGGACUUCAGGCCCACGGAUGAAGAGGAGUUCAAGGCCCUGGAACGUUACAUGUGCUCUCGUUUCUUCAUUGACUUUCCUGACAUUGGUGAGCAGCAGCGAAAACUGGAGGCAUAUCUGCAGAGCCACUUUGUUGGUGAGGAGAAGAACAAGUACAACUACCUCAUGAUCCUGCGCCGGGUCGUGAACGAGAGCACUGUGUGCCUCAUGGGACACGAGAGGCGGCAGACACUCAACCUUAUCUCACUUACAGCAUUUCGGGUGCUUGCGGAGCAGAAUGCCAUACCCGACGCAUCUAGUGUCACCUGCUACUACCAGCCAGCUCCUUAUGUCAGAGACCUAAACUUCAACAACUAUUACGUGGCCUCUUGUAACCAGUCCAUUCCAACUUGGUUGCCUUGUAAAUAAGAUGCAUCCAAAAACACAAGUUGGCCAGAAAGCUGGAUAUUUGGCCACAAGGGUUUUUCCCCCCUCUGUAGGCAUACAGGAUAUUUAAAAUGACGUGUUCUUAUUUUCUUUUGUUUUUUUUUAUUUGUAUUCCUUAUCUACAGAGGUGUCAAGACAUUUUCUAAUCCAAAGCUAUAUAUUUUAGUGUUUUGAAUUAAGUAAAUUCUUUUGAAUUUUCUUUUUUUUUUUAUCUCAAUUUUCAGGUUAGUUUUUGUCGCUCUCAUCUCCG